ACAAACUUUGAAGUCAACACCAUGCAACCCUCCUGUGGAAUGAUUUUCAUUUUUCUGCUUGUAAGGCUGCAAUGGAACAAAAGCAAUACCGAGGGCAGAAAAGUAAACGAAACAAAUAAUGGAAACAGCACAAUUACAGACAACGAUCGGUCUACAGUGCAACCAGCUUCACAGAGAUUUGUUCUGCCUACGAGUACUGCCAUAAACCCUCCUACCAUCAGUCAUGCUGCACCAACAACUGCCAAUGCCAAAGAAAAUGUGGCGAAAAGAACAGAGAUGAGCAGUCGGCCAAACAGCACACCCCUGAGGUCCACUGAUGGCACCACUUUAUUUUCAAAUGUCACUAUGGUAUCGAAAGAUGGAAUAAAUAACUCUGCCACAAACUUCAACAGAAUCCCAACGUCUUUUGCGACAUUUACAACAAUGGGUGACUUUUAUGGAGUGACCAGAAGUGCUGCAGCUGCUUCUACUUCCACAGUGACACCAAGUAACUCCACAGUCACCUACAGUACCCCUUUAGCUGCGACACUCCCCAGUGAUAACUCCUCAAUCAACCCCGCUGCAUCAUCCCCCACCAGUAUCGCUCUGACAUCACCCAUGGUGAAGCAGGACAGUCCUACGCCAAACUUCAACCCCAUUCAGCAGACAACAGAGCUGAAUCAUAAUUUCAGCAAUUCUACUCCAUCAUCUAAUUUAAACGAUGCCAAUGAAGACAAAACCAACAAAGGAGGAAUGAUAGUUGGUGUCAUUGUAGGAGCCAUUUUGGGAUCUAUAUUAAUUGGUCUGAUUGGAUAUUUUAUAUGUGGUAAGAAAAGAUCUGAGUCAUUUUCCCACAGACGGCUUUAUGAUGAUACAAGGAAUGACCCAGUUCUCCACUUAGACAACUCACUUGGACCAUACGAUACGAGUUUUGGAUGUGCAUCAUAUGACAAAACCAGCACAGCAGACAAGGCAGAGGAAGACAACGCAGGGUGCUCAUCCGAUGGCAUUCCUAUGGCUGACAUGACACCACCCCACCCUUCACCAUAAUGUUUGCUUCAGAUUAUACUCUCAACUGUUAUCUACACACUUUCAUUUUUUCCAAAAACAACAUGGCAGCUGUUAUCUUACCACCACUACCGUGCAAACAAUGUUUUGGAAAGCAAGGGAAAAAUCACAAGACACACUGAUAGGCAACAGCUAGGGUCCAGUAGCACAGCAUCAGUCUUCUACUUUGUAAUCAAAUGAUCAACCUGUGGUUUUCCUGGAAGGAUAUUAUACUUGCUUUCUUAGAAAUAAUAUAGACAAAUAGCACCCAGGUAAAAUUCUGCCUUGUGUAACUUUGGUCAAGAAUGGAGACAUUGUAAUAGAGCAAAAUUUGACUAGGAUUGCAAGGAUAUUUUAGUCUCAAUACAAAAAAAUCCCAAAUUUAACUACCUUGAGGUGAAAAUAUUCUGUCCAAAUAUAAUUUCUAUCUGAUAAAUGACUCAGGACAUUAUUUUACCCACUCUACAUUUGUGCCUUCCUCAGUGAAUACGACAAAAAUAAUUAGAUUUACUUGGAUUACUAAGAGGUUGAAGUUUGCUGAGGAGAAUGAAACUACUGAGUAACACAGACUACAUUUAACCUUUGACUAUGAUGACACAAUUAAAAUCACUAUCAAAGGGGAAAAAAAGAAGACAAGCUUCUAUUCCUCUGUCAGACUAAUCUGUUGUUUGCAUUGCAGGCUAAAUCUGUAGAAAUGAUGUAAAAGGUUUCGGUACAGGUUAGAUAGAAGAAAUACUUAUCUUGACAUGAAAGGAAAGGAAUUAUCUCUGCCAUGUAUAUAGAUAUCCUAAAAAGCACGAUCCGGUUUUCUCUAGCUAAAGAGUAAAAUUAUGGCAGUAUAAUGCAAAUAAUUGCAUAGUUUAUCUGUUUGCAAUUACUAGACAUGUCUAAAUGGAAAGAAAGAAAGAACAUGAAAAAGACAUAGCUGUAAAGGCAUAGAAUAAACAAAAUAAAGUGCAGAGAAAAUAACUACUCACAUCCGAUACAUGCCUGUUACUGUAACUCUGUUAAAAUGCUUUAUUUAGUGUGGAGACUGUGGAUCAUGUCGAUGGAGUUAUCUCACUAACUGGCUGUGAAUGUUGCAAUGUGGGUUUAUCUGAUAUGUGAGAAAAUUACACGCGCGCGCACACACACACACACCAGAGAGAAACAAUGGCAGUCACACUGCAGAUGAGUAAAACAGGCAUUUAUUUCAAAGAUUAAAGAACUGAGUGCAUAUGUGCAGCGUUGCCAUUCCUACAGGGUUCAGUCAUGAAAACAGCACACUUCCCGUCAAAACCAGAACCUGGUUUCUAACAUUGUACCCAGCACAUUGGAUAGCAGACUGAAAAUCUGAGACACGUUCACCUAUAUUAAGUGAAAGUAUCGCUCUGCUGCUUGAAAUUAAGAAAAAUGUAAUGUUCGGCUUUCAUCUUCCUUAGCACGUAUUGUGCCAUCUUUCCUGAUAAUGGUAAAGCAGUAUCAUAGAAGCAAAAUUCCUCCUUACACUUGAACCUUGGCCUCAGAUGAAAAUGGAAAGAGCUGUCUCUAAGUAGAACUCAAAGAUAGAGAUGAAGAGAUGCUAAGAAGCUACCAGCAUUGUCUACGUCGGUACCAUAUAACCAAGUACAAUGUAUUUUAGGAAUAUAUGAAACUAAUUAUUAGUAAUUCCAAGGCUAUGACAGCAAGAUUAGGAGCCAAUGAAGAAAUAUCACUGAGGCAAGCAAUUAAAGUCUGCCCUUCAGCUAUAUUGUGUUAAAUUUUAACAAUCUAAUUAUAAUUUUUGCAUGUAUGUGCAUGUGCUUGUGUUGUCUAUGUACCUCUUUGAUGUUUUGCUGUUGUUUGUAUAUUGUUUUUUGCUUUUACCAGGACAGCCUCCAAAAUUUGUGACAUUUGUUCAUCCUUCACUAAGUUAGAGUCAUUAAUGCUUAUUCAUGCAUAUU